AUGGAUGGGACCUUUUCUUACUGUCCGAAAUAUUUUUACCAAUUAUUUACGAUUCAUACAGUAAAUAAUGGACAUUAUAUUCCAUUAAUUUUUUUUCUUUUACCAAGUAAAGAAUCUAUUGUCUAUGAAAGAGCUCUAAAGGCUUUAAUUGAUAUUUGUAAAUCAAAAUUAUCAAUUAAAUUCAAUCCAAAAGUAUGUGUUGUAGAUUUUGAGAAAAGUUUACAUAAUGCUAUAAUUACUGUUUGGCCUACUAUAAUUUUACACGGCUGUCGUUUUCAUUUAUCUCAAGCAUGGUGGAGAAAAAUUCAAAAUUUAGGCUUAACUAGUGAGUAUAAGAAUGAUUUAAGUGAAAUUGGACAAUGGUUAAGGUGGAUAUUUGGUCUAUCACUACUUGAACCAGAAAAUGUUGGAAAUCUCUUUGCAAACGAUUUUAUGAGUAUAAAAUCUACGGAUGAACGGGUAACUCAAUUUAGUGAUUAUCUUAUUAAUAUGUAUAUUGACGAAGACGCAACUUUUCCACCAUUUAUGUGGGCGUCGUGCAGUAUAUCAAGUAAAAGAACUACAAAUGCCUGCGAGUCGUUUCAUUCAGCAUUCGGAAAAUACUUUUACUCAGCACACCCAAAUAUUUUUGUAUUUUUGGAAGUUUUAAAACUUAUACAAGUACAGACAUACAUAAAAAUCAAUAGUAUUCAAAAAUAA